GUGGACCUUUCAACUCCAGUUAUCUUCUCUCAGGCCUAUGGGACAGUGACCAUUUCAGCUAUUUUCAGUGUCCAGCGCACCCUUCCUUGAACAGUUUGAUGGAGAAUCGGUCGGAUGACAGCAGGAACUGUUGUUAUCACCGGCGGAAUUCUAGCGACGGUGAUCCUACUCUGUAUUAUUGUUGUGCUCUGUUAUUGUAGACUACAGUAUUAUUGCUGCAAGAAAGAUGAGCCUGAAGAGGAGGAGGAGGAGGAGGAGGAGGAGGAGGAGGAGCCUGAUCUUCCCACUCGCUCGCACUUUGUCACCUGCAAUGCCUGCAACUCUCGCAUCAUGGAUGGACAGGGCAGCCCGGUGCCUCCACCCCCUGAGCUUAACCAGCAGGGUGCUCAUAACUACUGCCCUACCUGUUCCCCCUAUGGCUCCCCUUUUUACAUACGGACUGCUGACAUGGUGCGAAACGGUGGUGAGAGGAUCACCUACACACCCACGUGCUACAAGGAAAUGGGGCAUCCCAUCAAAAUGGCGACCCUCCAAAGUUACCCGGUGACCCACCAUGGAAUUGUUCGGGAGACCUUUCCAAACCCUAGGGCUGUUAGUACAGAGGUAUAAUCACUGUUGUUACUAUUGCAGGGUGCUCCAAUAAGAUGCCCAUGGGGGGGGGGUUCCAUUAAUUUCUGUGAGGUUUCCUGCAAAAAGAGAGGACGCCUUUAGCAAAUGUGGACAAUCAAAUCCAAGACCUAGCAUGGUCCUGAUGUUGAACUGCCCAGGUCAUUGUAAGCUAUUGUGGGAGGAACGGGAGAGAAACACUGAACAAAGAUAUUGAAUGUGGUAAUUUCUAAACCCAUAACAAGUGUAAUUACUCUGCUCUGUCUCCUGAAGGGACUUGUCUAACGAGGGCUAUGUACAGUACAAACUAAUUUAAUUAUCAAAGACUCUCGUGACUCCCAGGCUUCCCUGAGCCCUUAAUGAGGUAUUUGGUGUCUACACAAAGCAAACCCUACCUGUCACUUUUCAAGGCAAUACCACUGGCUUCUUGUAUGGAUGAACCGAGCACACUGAGAGACGCAUGGCAUUCACUGGGAGCUAUUGUUUUCAUCAGUAACUGUGGCAUUAGAAAGGAAGGUGAAAGAGGAUAAAGAUCCCAUCAAUAUGCUGGGAGUUUUAAUGCUCUUGCUUGGUGAAAGCACGUGGAAAAACAAAUAAACAGAGAAUUUGAUAUUUCCCCCCUUGUAUCAUAUUAGUUCCAAAUGAAUGCUAGCAUCUGUAUUAGAAUAUAAAAUAGGACACCCUUCCCUAGUUAUUCCAGUCUUUGCACCUACAGAAGAACAGGGAAAAGGGAAGGUGGAGUUAGAUAAUUGUUGUGGGGAGAAAAAGGGUACUACUAAAAUGACCUGCAAAAGCUAACAAUACAGAAGUUUCCUUCUGCUCUGCUCACAAAACAAUCCUUUAGUUUUCACAAACUUUCUUAGGAGUGGUUUAACUUUGGGGCAUAAAAACUGCAAAGUUUUUACUUAAAUUUUAAACAACUGAAGUUUGGAUCACUGGCAGUGUUUAAAGCCUUAGAGAUCCAUAUCUGCUGGUAAACUGCAAAAGACUGUGUGAUUUAGUUCUGCUUAAAACAGCAAGAGAUGGGACCAGUAACAUCUUGUGCUCUCAACCCUGUUCUCACAACCUCCAGAGCUUGAGCUGAUACCAGAUUUUCAGGAGGUCAUGACCUUUCCGUCUCUGGCUAGAAGGAAGGCCCAAACCUGUCUUCCUUGCUAAUAUGUCAAGUCACAGUAUGGAAAAGCUGACAAGUGAGAUAAAUCAUCCAUGUUGCUUUCUACGACAUGGAUGUGGAGAUUAUUUUUCACUUUACACCAAAGUAAAAAUGACUAAAAGUAUAUUGUUGUCAUGCACCGCUGUUCCCACAGCAGCCAGCCAUGCUUUCUGCAGGUAGGCAAUAGGCCUGGACUACAAGUGAUCCUUGCAAAUAUCCUUAGUAACAAUAACAAGAGUGUGUUUAUCAUAUGGUUUUAUUUGGGAAGAGCGUGCGAUCUCUAUUACAGUUUAUCAGUCAAUCUACAGGUAGUAAUAAGUGCUGGCUUGACAGCCCUUAACUUCCCUAUUCAUUCACAGAUGAAGUAUGAUGUAGUCCUGCUUGGACCUGGAAGGUUCACUUGAUCUCAUGAGAGGAUUAUUCAGAUUUGGGCUUAUUUAUUCCUUGGGAUCUCUGAUAAAACAUAACAAGUUAACAACUCAGGGCUAAAUAGGAUUGUGUUUCUUGUGACAUGGAGGCUGCCUUCCCUGAAACAACACGUGAUCCAUUUUGCAUUGCCUGUAGAUCAGACAUUACUCCCAGAAUCAUCUAAAUUAGAACCUAAGCCUUAGCAUUGAAAGGCAUCACGCUGUCCCUGGACCCUGGGUUGUCCAGUCCUCACUGAGCCCCUAUGUAGGGUAUUUAUUUUCCAGAAGCCCUAUAACCCUCCUCUCAAUUACCUGGGUGGGAAGGCAAGUAAUGUUGCUGGAAUGAUUACAGUACGAAAGCCCUCUGACCCCUAGUGUUCAGUAGCCCACUGUUUCUAUUGCCUUCUUGUCCCAACCAGCACACUGCCCUGGUACUGUAGUAUCUAGUAUGACGUUUGUUGAGCAAACUCAACAAGUCCUAUCCUUUCAUAGCAGAGGAUGCACUUUGGCUUCCAUCUGAACUUAGCCUCUACCAGACCUGAAGUGGUCAAACUGCAUCCCCUGGGCUUGCUAUAGCCAACAGGGCUCUACAGUAUAGCCCCCAAAUACCUUCCUCCUAAUUUGAAUGGCCAGCCCAGGGGGAUUAAGGAUAUGUCUAUACCACAGCAGCAGUGCAUCCCAGUGAGGAUGAAGCAGGGAAUACCCUACCUUCCUGAAUCUGCAGGUAUGCUCCAGACACAGAAGCCUGCUCUGGAAUCAUCCCCAUUGCCUAUUCUUGAGCUGUCUGUCCCUGACAAGCCUGAGAGCAGACAAUGGAAACAAGAACAGCCAUUCUAGUAAACUUCUGGUUGUGGAGUUUAUUGGUGGUCUCAGGUGAGUGGGGUGCUCAACCUCUUCCUCCCCGGUGUAUUGGCCAUCAUUGCAAUGCUCUCUCUUCUGAAAGACUAUUCAGCUCACGACUGCCCAGUAUACGCUGGACUAUAGUUUCAAUGACACACCUUUGAAUGAAGGAUAGCUGUAGUCUGUUUUGUUGUACAUACAUUACGUGUGAACCCAGCUUUUCUAGGAAGAGGAUGUGACCCUGAAGCUGAUGCUGUGGUCCCAGAUUGGUUAUUUUGCUCAAGAUGAAGAUCCCCGUCACAUUUUUCACUGUACUGAAACAUGUACACAAGUGCAAAUGUGCAAGAUAUACAAGUCAAAUGGGUGUCCAAAAUGUGACUUCAGGCUGUUAGGGGUUGGGGUGGGGAGUAGAGAGAGAAAGUCUGAGUUUUCUACUUGGGAUUUCUCCUAUUGUUCUACAUCUUUGUUGCUCAGCUGUGGAUCCAGAUUGAAUGUCAGUAAUAAAUGAGGUCUUUGAAAUACAAAAUGGGCAUGCUCGUGCUCUCUUUUUUGGUGAUGGGCAGCUUUAUACAAAGCAAGUUUUACACAAUCCUGCAUAGGAUGUGGCCUUGGAUAUGUGUUCCUCACUCCUAUCCAUG